AUGAGGGCCACAUUGAGAUUACUAGCCAAUGUCAAGCCGGGCAGAUACCUUGAGCCCUUCGCACCCACCGGUUUAACGGGCCUCACAACCCACCCUAGCCCGAGACCAACUCUCAUCUACCUCUACCAAACGACGCUUGAGAAGCUCAAGGCCUUUCCCGAGUCAUCUGUAUACCGCCAAUCGACAGAAGCACUUACGCGCCAACGAUUAAACAUCGUCGAAUCGGUGAAACCAGCAGGUUUUGAUUCUUGGCUGGAGAGAGUUAAAGCAGCUGUCGCGGAGAACCCCGAGGCUUACAAAACGGCCCUGAAGCCUGACGGUAGUUAUGCGGCAUAUGAAGAAAAAGGGAAGCCUAGCGAGGAGAAGGACUGGGGUGGAGAGUCUUUCAACCCUCAAAUGGAGGGAGCAUAUCUCAACGAACAGGAGAUGGAGGCUCGGGUAAAGGAGGCCCAGGAAGAAGCAAACAAGCAAUUAGAACCGAAAUUGGAAUGGGAGCCAGAACCAGUACUUGAAGCGGCACAAAUCUCUGAUAUCGAGCAGCAAAUUGGCAGUGGGUUAAUUGAGGAAGUUAUUCAAACUGCCCAAUCCGAGUUGAAUCUGGUUGAGGAGCUAGCUAAGCACAAGGUCUGGGAACAUCAAUCCAAAUCGAGUGCACAAGCCUGCGAGUGUGGACAAGUUGCAUUGUUGAGACAGCUCUUUGCCCGGUCUGACCGGGUCAAGGGGAUCGACUUCCAUCCUACAGAGCCAUGGUCUAUCAUUAAAACAUUCGAACUCACAGAUGUCCCCGUGCGAGCCGGCCGUUUCAUCGCAAGAAAGAAUUGGAUCGUUUGCGGUUCUGAUGACUUCCAAUUACGCGUGUACAACUAUAACACCUCCGAAAAAAUAAUCUCCUUCGAGGCCCAUCCCGAUUACAUCCGCUCUAUCGUAGUCCAUCCUACGCAUCCAUUCGUAUUAACUGCCUCCGAUGAUAUGACCGUCAAACUCUGGGAUUGGGAUAAAUCAUGGAAAUGUGUACAAGUGUUCGAAGGGCAUAGCCACUAUGUUAUGGGUUUGGCCAUCAACCCGAAAGAUUCAAACACAUUCGCCUCCGCCUGUCUCGACAGAACGGUCAAAAUAUGGAGUUUGGGUUCUUCACAUCCCAAUUUAACGCUCGAGGCCCAUGAAGCUAAGGGCGUCAACCACGUCGAUUAUUACCCGCAUGCCGAUAAGCCAUACCUCUUGACCACUUCCGACGAUAGGACCGUCAAAGUGUGGGAUUAUACUACAAAGGCAUUGAUUGCGACCUUAGAAGGCCACACCAGCAAUGUUUCAUUUGCUUGCUACCAUCCUGAACUUCCAGUCAUCAUAUCCGGUUCCGAGGAUGGAACAAUUAAGAUUUGGAACGCCAAUACGUAUAGAUUGGAGCAAUCCUUGAGCUAUGGCUUGGAAAGAGCGUGGUGCGUGAGCUAUCAAAAAGGGAAACAGGGCGUUGCAAUGGGCUUUGAUGAUGGUGCCGUAGUUGUGAAAAUGGGAAGAGAAGAACCAGCGGCAUCAAUGGAUGGGUCAGGGAAAAUAAUUUGGGCACGCCACAAUGAGGUGGUUUCAACAGUCAUCAAGGGUGGUGAUGCAACUCUCAAGGACGGAGCUCCCCUUACCUUACCGAUUAAGGAACUUGGCUCUUGUGAAGUGUACCCUCAAAGUUUGAUGCACUCUCCAAAUGGAAGAUUUGUGUCAGUUUGCGGGGAUGGCGAGUAUAUCAUUUACACUGCGCUCGCAUGGAGGAACAAGGCGUUCGGACAGGCCCUUGACUUUGCAUGGGGCUCCAAAGACAACAGCAACGACUAUGCAAUCCGGGAAUCUCAAACAAGUGUUAAAAUUUUCCGCAAUUUCAAAGAGAAGAGUGGCGGUCUCGAUGUCGGGUUCCAGGCAGAAGGUCUUUGCAGCGGCGUCUUGCUUGGAGUAAAAGGUCAGGGUGGUAUUGGAAUGUUCGAUUGGGAAACUGGCAAUCUUGUGAGAAGAAUCGAGGUUGAUCCCAAAGAGGUCUACUGGUCGGAAUCCGGAGAGUUGGUCACUCUGGCUUGUGAGGAUACUUUCUACGUUUUACGAUAUUCAAGGGAAAACUACAUCGCCGGUGUCAACGCCGGAGAGGCCGAUGAAGAUGGCGUGGAAGCAGCAUUCGAAGUCGUUACAGAUGUCACCGCUACCGUCCGUACUGGCGAAUGGGUUGGAGACUGCUUUAUCUACACCACUUCAACCAAUCGAUUGAACUACCUUGUUGGUGACCAAACAUACACGAUUUCCCACUUCGAUCAACCCAUGUACCUUCUUGGUUAUCUCCCGCGCGAUGGGAGAAUAUACCUUGCGGAUAAGGACCUUACGGUCGUCUCAUUUUCACUCUCCCUUUCCGUUGUUGAAUACCAGACCUUGGUUCUCCGUGGUGAUAUGGAAUCCGCUAGCGAACUCUUGCCCGAUAUACCCAAAGACCAAAUGAACAAAAUUGCCCGAUUCUUAGAGGGCCAAGGAUACAAAGACCUUGCACUCGAAGUCGCAACAGACCAAGAACACCGUUUCGAACUUUCUCUCAGCCUAGGCAAGCUUGACAUCGCCCUCGAAAUUGCCCGCGAGGCAGAUAUCGAACACCGAUGGAAGACCGUGGGUGAUGCUGCCAUGAAUGCUUGGGAUCUCGCCCUCGCUGAGGAAUGCUUCACCCACGCCAAAGACCUGGGCUCUCUACUUCUCCUACACUCCUCAAGCUGCAAUGUUGACGGCCUCCGCAAUUUAGCAGAGCGAGCAAAAGAGUUAGGCGCUCAUAACGUUGUGUUCUCGGCACUUUGGCAACUCAGGGACAUAGAUGGAUGCAUUGACCUCCUUGUUCAAACGAACCGCGUUGCCGAGGCACCGGGCACCAGAACUCGUGCUCACCUGGAAAGAGAAUCUUGA